AAAAAAAAAAUAUUAUUCAAAUAUACUCAAAUAUUGUUCAAAUAAUUUGUGAUACAAAAUCAUGUCUACAAACUCCAAUACUUCCUCAACUUCAAAUAAUAAUUCUUCAUCUCAAACUCAACCUUCAAAUAGUAACGAUAACGUUUAUAGAGGCGUUAAUGAUCAAGGAAAUAAAUGGACUCAUCGUGGAGAUUCAGUAGCAUCUGGCGGUUCUUAUCAUUACUCCAACCAAGAUAAUUCUUAUUAUUAUCAAAAUCCUGACGGUUCCAGAUAUUAUAACGAUGGAAAUGGCUUUUCCAGUUACAAAAAGUUUUUUUUUUCGACAAUGAUAGAUUUUUUUGUUGUCUCAGUGUUUCUUAUGUUCUGUUAUAUAUAUAUUUUUGUCGUUGUUUUUCUCUCAAUGUUCUUUUUAUCGUCUUAACUCUCAUGUCCAUGUCUAGACAAAUAUUAAGAAAUAAAGUUUUGAAUUUUAAAUUUUAAAUUUUG